AUGCUGAGAUUUACAGGAGGAGAGAAGGCGCCGACCCCUGGCUGGCUACUGGUGUUCUUCAGCAACAUGUUCUUCGGUUGCGCAGGUUUUUCGAUUGUUCUUCCGACUCUGUGGCCAUACCUCCGCGAGAUGCAGAGCAGCACUCAGUUUCUUGCUGCUGUUGUGGCCGCCUACAGCGUGGGCGAGGGCUUGGGAGGAUGGAUCAGUGGUCUCCUGUAUAGCCGAUUCCCAAAGCAUCCCAAGCGACUGCUUCAAGGAGGAAUGCUCCUCGGAAUGCUGGCCGCCUUUUCUUAUGCCGUCGCACGACCUUUCGGUUCCGUGGCUCCAUACAUCGUCCUCUUGGCGCGCUUCUGCUCGGGCUUCGACAACGGAACGCGGCAGACCAUCGAGCAGACCUUCCUGGCCAGCCGGAUCCCUCCACAGCACCAGACGACCUGCUCUUCUCGGCUCGCGAGCUGCGCCAUCACAGGCAUCAUGAUGGGCCCCGCUUUAGGUGCUCCCUUGCAAGCGAUUGACUUCCAGCUCAUGGGUGUGACGAUCGACGGCAACAACGGACCCGGACUGGUGCUUUUCCUCGUUUGCAUCGCCAACUUCACGGUGACGUCCUUCUUCUUCAGCGGGAAAGGCCAGUCCUAUUCGACUCAAACCAGUAGCGUGAGCAUUAACUUGGAGGACACCCCGCCACCUGAUCCACGGGGCCUUCUUGUGUGCUACAUGGUCUUCUUCGGUGUGAACGUCAACAUGGCCAGUCUGGAAACCGUGACACCUGUGGUGGCGCAGAGGCUUUAUGGCUGGGGACCUUGCUUGCAUCCUGCAGAGUGUACUUUCCAGGUGUCACAGACCUACACCAAUGGGUUGAUGUCGGCGGGCGGGUUCUUGAGCUUGACCAUGGCCGCGUUGAUGUCCUUCUUUGGCGCACACAUCUAUCGCCGGGAGAUUCUGGUGAUCACCGUGAGCUACACCGUCUCGGCGAUGAUCAACUUGGGGAAUAUGGACUUUGGAGGACAUUUGCCGGUCACCCGCUUUGUGGGCGAUUAUUUACUCGGAGCCUUCUUUGGUAGCCUGGCCAGGGGCCCUGGCAUUGCACUUCUCAGCCAAGUUCUUGGUCCUCAUCCUUCGGCAGGCUAUAUGGGUGUGCUCUUUAUGGUAGGCGCUCUUCCACGAGUGCUGGGACCUUUUCUUUUCGUGGAGUUGCUCGAGAUACCGGAGCCCAUGUAUCUGGCACACUACAGAGAUGUCUACCAGGGACUGAUCCCGCGCACCUGGCUACUCUACGGAUGCCAAGCUGCCUUCUUCAUGACCGUGCUUGUCUUACUCCAGACGUCUAGGUCACAUUUGGCACCGCAUCCGACCGCAACUGGACUGCGCCAGCCGCUGCUGUCAACCCCCGAGACUUGCGUUCAGAUCGGAUUGAGUCCUGGCACUCCUUGCCAGGUACGAGAGGGAAUCAGUGGCCUGAAAGAGUUGUCCCGACGUUUUGGCAAGAGUGAGUCGGGGGAGCAGACCUUCGCCAAUGUCGUGAAGGAGCUCAAGAAAAAAGGGAAGCUACCCAUCUCCAGCGGCGGCCCGGAGUUCAGCGCGGUGGAUAUUGAUGAAGACCUGCUGGAGGAGGUGGAAGAGAGCGAAGAUGCAGAGACUGCAGAGAGCUACUUGCAAACUGAGGUGCUCGAGCUCAACGAGGACGUGGAGCUCAACGAGGACCUUCUGCAGGCUGAGCGGAGUCAAGCCUUGGCAGCCGCCAAGCUCGCACGGCAGAAGGCCUUUGAAGAAGCAGCCCAGUUGAGCGAGGAAGAGCUGCGAGAGCGUGUGAAGCGCUCCAUCGAAGAGUUGGUGCCCAUCUCGGUGUCUGGCAGCUCGGAGACGCCCGUGGAUGAGGGUGAGCUGACUCCAGCGCAGGUCUUUUACAUGGAAAACCGCGAUCGAUUAGUGAGCCGAGCCCAAGAUUACUACUUGGAGAAGCACAAGGAGUUACAAAGAGAUGAUGACGAUGAGGACGAGUGGCGGUACUACCACGAUCCGGUGAUGCGACCAGCAAAAGGACAUCUCUGGUCCACUGGGAUGGAAGAAGAUGGCGGUGAGCAUGGGCAAGAGAAUGCCUGGCUCCAGGUGGUCACCGAUUGGCCCAGAGGUUAUUUGCCAACGGCAGAGAUGCUUGCGAACCUUCUGCGUUUGGAGCAAGCGCGGGACGUGAGUGUCAUUGAUUUGGAAGAGUGCGAUCGGCGUGACGUGGGGACACAUGCCAUCAUCGCGACAGGGGUCACGGCGCGGCAUUGCCGGCGCCUGGGGCAUAUCAUGUUUCGUGCAACCGAGGCCUGCGAAGCUCCCUUCGUACAAGCCUUCUGCUACGGAACGCGUCAGGAUGAAUGGGUCGUGGCCCAUUGUGGAUCCAUUAAGGUCCACCUCUUGACGCAAGAAGCUCAGGAGCAAUACCAGCUGGAGUUGCUCUACCGGAGCCUUGUCGCGGAUGACGGACGGAGGGUGGAGCCCAUGAGGCCGGAGUACUUCUUUCAACCAGGUGACUUUCCGCACUACGUGGAGGUCUAUGGCUCGGCCACCGAUGCGAUGAUGCUCAACGGUGAGACCCACGUGACCCACGCCAUCGGCUCCCGGAGCCGUUCGGCGCUGCCGGUGCCCUACCGGGAUCGGCUCCAUCGACGCUCGGUGGGAGGGUGA